AUGAGUGAUUUGGACAUUACCUCCAGAGAAUUUUGGCGGGGAUGUACCUCCCAGGACUUUUUCAGUCCUCUCGAAAGCGACUAUCUCGAGUUGGGUCUGGAUCCCAGAAUCGACAAAGGGUUUAAAUUUGCGGUAAAAUUAGGAUUACAGCAUGUUGCCGACAUUUGCUCGAAAUGUUCGAAACCUUGCAAAAUCGUUUAUCGCGACGAUAGGAAAUCGUGUGCAAUGAGAUGUCAAAAAUGCUGUAACAACAGUUCGGCGUUCGAAGGAACUUUCAAAGGCAAAUUCGGCAAAAUUCUCUGGAGUAGUAUACUAUCGUUUGUGUGGCAUUAUUUAGCGUUGGAUUGCUCGACUACAGUAUCGGCUAACGCUGCUGGAAUUUCUAACAAGGCCGCAGUCGACUGGUCGAACCACGUCCGAUUCGUAAUGCUAGUAGCUUUGCACAAUAUCCUGUCGUUCAAAAUCGGAGGUCCGGGAAAAACUGUCGAACUGGACGAGACGGUUAUCUGUAAGCGCAAGUACGAAAAAGGCCGUAAACUGAAGAGCACAAAGUGGGUAGUGGGCGGAAUAUGCCGAGAAGACAAAAGCUGCUUUGUAUGUCAAGUGAACGAUAGAUCAGAAACAACGCUUAACUGGAUCGUAUGUAAAUUCGUAAACUCAGGCAGCACCGUUUUGACGGACGAAUGGAAGGGUACAACCACAUAG